GAAACAACACUCCGGCCGUUUGCAUUUCAAAUUUCCAGCUUUGAAAAGCUUGCUACACGUGAAUCGAUAAACUUCUGGCACGUUUGGCUAUCUUUCUUCAUUGCAACGUGUCAUUCUUAACGACGGAGAAUGUAACAAAGAAAAGCACAUGGUUUUUCUUCGUUUGACCGUGGAACGUUUGUAUGGAAUUCUAGGAAACGUCGCAGCUGAAGUGAAAUUGACAACGCUUGCUUUGGAGUUAAGCUUAAGCUUAAGUUUAUUCCACAUUGAUUUUCGUUCACCACAUAUCCCAAGUGGAGAGCAAGUGAAGCUGGAAAUAAUGCCAAUAAGAAGUGUUUUGGUCGAAUAUUGAAGACCGUUGCUUCUGGGAAAAGUCGACUUUGUUGAUAAGCUUAAAUGGUUGGCAAAUCAGAUGUUUAUGUUCGUCCACGAGUCUAUAACUGACACCGAACACAACAACGAGUGAUUCUGUCUACAGUGCUGCUGAAUACAUAGUACCAGCGUGACUGUUUGUUAGAAUUGCAUGCUUCUUGUUUUUCACUCCUUCACAGCGGAGAAGUAUACACCGCAUUACGACCUGUCAGGAUUUGGAAGAGAUUGACUUGUCUACAGUGUAUCUCUCCCUAGGAAAUACACUGUAUUUAAGCUUAUAUUUACAGUGUGCGAAGUAAUUUUGAUUUUCAGAGUAGAAUUGAAAAACAGUAUCACUUUAUUCAAAACAUUGUCAACUAAGCCGACAUAACAGCUGUUCAAAAAUGGACCCAGAGUAUGAGAGAAGACUUCUUCGACAACCAAAUGGACGAAGUCCUCUGUCCAAUUCUGUAAGUAUCAACGCUGUAAGGUAGUGUACCACGUUACAUGUAUGUCUUACCGUUCAUUGCUUCCCAAUGGCAGGGCUCAAAAUAAUUUUCAGAGAGUGGCCAGACACAACGACCAGCCAAAGAAAUUUUUGCUUGGUCUAGCCUUGUUUCUGACCGGUCAAAAAAUUGGAAAAAAAUACUGAUUAAUCCUUGUGUAAUUUUCUGUUGGUGAGGAUGUUGUAUUUUUACAAACUGAGAAAAGCAAAGGUUUACAGAUGAAGGUUUGGCUGUUUAUUCUACAAUAAGAGUGGCCUGACUGGUAAACAUGACCAGUGGGUGAAAUUUUUGGCUGGUCAAGACACCAUUCUGGCCUGACAUUGUCUGUUGAUGGGCCACUAUUUUGAACCCUGCAAUGGUCAUUUCUUUGUAUAGCAGCAAGGCAGACGGUAGUCCAGGGCUGUCAUUAAAAUUUCAAGUUGUUGGAGAAUCUAACAGCUGAGGAUUUUGUUUGGUUUUAUUUUUCUUUUAUUUUCCUACAAAAUUAGGGGGGUUAUGUUCAUAAUGGCCAAGGAAAAUCCCCGUCCCCCAGCCCUUAAGUAGUUGUAGACACAUGAAGGCUAAAUCUCCUUCCUUCUCUAUCAAAAAAUUCUACACAUUCACAAGAAAGGAAACUUGUGUCGUUGCCUAAUCCCAAGGAUGUCUGGACUGCAGAGACAUCACUAGCCAAAAUAACAUUAUUUAUUUUAAUCAAAACUUUGACUUGUAUAAAAUAAUUACACAUCUGCUGAUAAUAUAUUUGCAUCAUCUUUUCUGACAGCCUUGUUUGAGUGGACUAAGGCAUUUUAGCUCACCUCAUGUAAGUCCAGUCAGUUCUCCUAGCAGAGAAAAGUUUGGAGAUAGGUAAGGGAAUUCAAGAAAUUUAAAUUUAAAUUCAAGGAAUCUAAGAACCUUCUUUAAAAUUAAUGUUAUUGUGUUUCAAAAACCUAAAAGAAUGGUAAACUUUCGUCUUUAUGAAAUUUUACAUUAAUUUUAUUAUUUAUUUAUUUAUUUUAAUCAUUGGAUAAUGUAUUUUUGUCAUAAAGGUUUAUUCCAAGUCGGACCAGUCCAGCAAUGCAACUAAAUUUUAAUUUCAUACAGGUAUGUUACCCUCCUUAAACUUGAUCAAUCCACUGUAUCUUUUUUCAACAUUAGGGAAGCUUUAAUCUGACAGGGAAAAUCUGGCUAAACGUCAGAUACAUCAUUUUGUUUAAAUAAGCAUCCUGAUCAUAAAUCAUUAAUGAUAGAUAUUUUUUAAAAUUGUGUGUAGAAAGUCAUUAUCAGUCAUCAUCUGUUUUUGCUUCAAUUUAUUGUUCUUUUUUUAGGAAAACAGUGACCCAGCAAAGAAUAGUGCAGUCACAAGGUCAGUUGUCAAAACCCCUUGUAUCCCUGGCAUUAAGUAUUCUAUUAGGAUGUAAAAUUUAAUAAAUAGGGUUUCUGAUAUUUCACGCUGUCUUGGAGCAGGAAAAUCCUGCGAAAUUCACAAAAACCCAAAAUUAUCAAAUACACUGUGCGUUUGUGCAAGAUGUUUGAAACUUAUGUAGAUCAGUUAAAAUAAAAUAAAAAACAUAAAAAAUUGUAAAGGGACCACUGGUAAGCAAGUUGUAAAAGAAAUUGGGGGUCUUCCAUAAACAAUUGCUAUACUUAAAAGGACUUUACAAAAAUAAAGUACAGGGUUGUCAGAAAAUUUUGAAUUAGAUGGUUGAGUUGUCAAAGUAAGCGGCCAGUCCAGGGAUAAUUUUAUUUUAUGUAAAAAACGCCAUCCGUAAAGAAAUGGCAAGCAGAGUAGCCGGCCAAUACUAACCAAGUAGGCGGCGAUUUUCACCGGCAUCAGGCUACUUUUAACAACCCUGAAAGUAGGAAUUCAGUUUAAAAUUUAUUCGAAUACAGCUGUACCUUCCUAAGCCUGUAACUAUUGGGAUUGCACAGAUAAUUACAGCAGUAAACAGCCUUGAUCUUGUUUGUGCUUUUUGGAGAAUUUUUAGAAGCUAAAUAGAAAACUGCUCUCUUUUCAGGGAUGCCAGUGUUGAUUCAAAAGGUGUGUAUAAUAAGACUUCACAAUAAUAAAUAUUAUUUUAAUUUAAUACAAAAAAAAUGCAUUGUUGUCAUUAGGUCUAGUCGUGAACUUUCCCAAAUGAGGUAAAAAUGAAAAUUUUAAAACUAAUAUAGCAAGCUCUGUAUGUGUACUGUUUUUUUCCAGAGGGAAUGGCUUAUCAGUGUCUUUUGAAGAAUGAACUUCUUGGAGCAGGAAUUGAAGACCUGAAAGUAAGGCCAUGCAAUGUAUAAUAUUCCAGUGUAAAAAUUGGUUUUUUUGAAAAUUUUACAGACACUUAUAUAGUCCACUCUGACCCAUAGUAAAAAAAUGCACUUUAUUUGAGUGUAACAAGGUAUUAGCACAAGAGCACUAAUUUUGACAAUAUUUUUAAGUCUCCAACUGGAGACGGGAUUUCCAUCCUACGUAGUCAUCUGAGCCACGUGAAGGUCUAGCCCCUUGCGGUGCAAAGAGAGUUCCUUCAUUUCUCAGUUAGUUUUAUUAAGACCCUGAGUAUUGGUCAGGCCCCAGGAAAUCAAACCCGCGACCUCCCACUCUGCAGUCAAACACUCUACUUACCAGCGUGCAAAGAAAGUACUGUCCGGUAGCCCGGGGCUAGUGGAUUUUGCUAUUGGGCUAGUGAAUUCUGUUUUUAACUUGCCCAAGGGGCAAGAGAUGUUUUAAGGGGAAUUUGAAUAACGGAAGAACAAAAAGUUUUUGGGGCUAGUUGAAAUGACGUCUGGGCUAGUAAAUGCUAGCUUCAGCUUGCCCGAAUGGCAAGCUGUAAAAAUGAUUUUCUUUGCACCCUGCUUACUGAGCUAAUCUUGCCAAUAACCAAUAGUCACUACAAAUACUGUAAAUUUUUUAAUAGAAUAAUGAUAAUACAGAUGUUCACUAUGCGUAUUUCCUGAUAAAUUGGCUGUUUCAAAUAUUAUUGUUCUGCUCAUAUUUUUCUUGUUAAUGUCAAAUAUAGACGUGCCAAUAACUGUUUGAUUAAUAUACAUAUUGUUUGAUCCUUACAGGAAGUACCCCAUGAAGAGAGAAGAGCCUUGUCUAGCAAUAGUAACCACAUACAUAGCAUUUUUCAGGUUUGAGAAAACUAAUUAGUCAUCUACUUUUUACUGUAGGUUGUGAAAUGAAAAAAAUAUUGAGGGGGUGUUUAAUUACAAGUGCAUGUGAGGAAAUAUGCAGAACAUAUAUGUAUCUGGUGAUAAAAACAAUUGUAAAUUGUAAUUUGUUUACCCAUGAAGCAUCUAGGUGUUUUUAUGAACUUGUUUUUAAAACGUGUCUAACAGUGCUUUCCAGAUCGAAUUGGAAUUUAAAAAUGUUGGUUUUGAGAAGAGGAGAAAAACCUCGUGGAGCAAAAAAGAGAACCAACAACAAACUCAACAACAACAAAACAACAAACUCAAUUACCCACAUAUGGCGUCAACGCCAGGAUCGGAAACACUGUUCAUGUUCAUGCAGAAAAUGUUUGUUUAAUUGCCAUUUAUCACUGUAAUAAUAAUAUUCUCAUCUCUUUCAGUACCAGGUAAAAAGAAGUAAGCAAGAUGAUACAGAAUUAGUAGCUUCAUAUUCUCUUUCACCAGUAGGCAAGAAAAGGUACAUUCCUUGACAAACACAUUAUUUUAUUCUACGAUAAUUUCCCACAACCACUUCCAACCUUUUGUGUUAUUACUGUACUAACGUACCAUAGCUGUGGUAUAAUUCAAUGUUGACUUUAGAACCAUCAUGUUCCAGCAAUGGCCAUCAUUAAUAUGUACCGUUUCUGCUCUUUUUCAGUCAAAGACUCCUUCGAUCACCAAGAAAGGUUAGAAACAGUAGUGCAUCAGUCUGGGAAGCUGAUUGCAAAUAGCUUUUGAAGCAGACAGAGUUGUUAUUUUGUGUGUAUUUAUUAAUGAAAGUGCAGAAAUAUAUGUUUAUUUCAGGUAAAAUGACUGAACACUUAAAUGAGUGACUUAUUUCUCCCUCCACUUGACCUGUGUCAAUGUUACUGCAUACAUUUAUUCAUUCUGCAUUUUGACAGAAAUAGGUGAUUCUUUUGUGUCAUAUAAAGCAGCUUAAGCAAAGUUACAAAGGAGUUUUUCAGUGAUGAACAUCAACUGGAUGUGAGGCCAUUCGCCUCUGUGCUACCAAAUUUGUAUCAUUAAGUGUCUUAAUUUACUGUCAUAGAGACAAUUUGUCUUAAAAUUUCAGCAAAAGCCCCUGCCCAACAAAUAAGUGCUAAAAGUCCACAGUUUCCAUGUCAUGAAUACUAUACACACACUAUACUUACACUUUGGUUUCUUUUUAUCAGUCAACAAGAAAAAUUUCCAAGAUACCAUUUAAAGUGCUAGAUGCUCCAGAACUACAGGUAAGUUUGAAGAUGCACUAAAUGAAACUUGACCAGUCUUACUGACAAUGUUACAGUAUACUAAACAGAAAUGUUUUCAUUAGUUUUCCAUGAAUUUUGAAAAUUAUUUUCUCUUCAAAAUCACCCCGCUGUUCUUUUUUGAAGCAUUAGGUGAUAAGUCCAGGAGCCCCAAACAACAUAUUAGAUAUUUUGCAUUUGGUAUUACUGUUUUUCUCUUAAUAGGAUGACUUUUACCUAAAUCUGGUGGACUGGUCAGGACAGAAUAUUUUAAGUGUUGGCCUUGGAACAUGUGUUUAUCUCUGGAGUGCUUGUACCAGCCAGGUAGGCAAAUACUUUGUAAGUAUACAUGUAUUCAAUAUUUCCCUCCUUAUAGUGUUUUUCAAAAUACAUGCAUGAAAAGUUUCCGUUAAAGUGAUUCAAUGUAUUAUUUGUCUGUUUCUUUGACGUUUGUUAUCCAUGUUUAGGUUACCAAACUUUGUGAUCUUGCUGCUGAUGGCGAUUCUGUAACUUCAGUUUCUUGGUCUGAAAGGGUAUGUGACUAGUUUGAAAUGGCAUGUAAUUUCUAUAGUGAAGUCAAAAACCUGCUGCAAACAAAUACAGUGUAAACAUUUUGUAAGGUUAUAAAGGUUGCAAGAAUUCAGACAAUUCUUCCACUUUGGGUGCCCUGUGUUUGUGAACGCUAUUGCUGCUUCCUGUGGCGAUGCACAGUUUGCUUGGAUAGUCCAUUUUUUUUUGUUUUACAUGUACUGUAUGAGGAUUCUGCUUGGAAUCCAACCUUGGAAAACAGAGACACAAAAAUCAUUAAAAAAAUUUGCCAAUCUUAUUUUAUUAAUAGUGACUCGUCAGAUUCACAGUGAAUUGGUACCUUUCAAGAAAUUUGCUGUUUACAAUGAUGGCCUCCUUAUAGGAUAUGUUCCACAAACUUACAUUGUAACAACACAAAUAUAAAAAUAUUGACCAUUCAAAUAAUGAGUUUAUUUUUUUUGAAAACAGAGUGGUCUUGUCGCUGUUGGAACUCAUAAGGGACUUGUUCAAAUAUGGGAUGCUGGAGCUCAAAAAAGAGUGUCAACAAUAGAAGGUCAUACAGCAAGAGUAGGUCAGUAAUCAAAUAGCUUGCUUGUCUUGUCUUUGCUUUUCUUAUUAUUAUUUUCUACAAGCAUUUAAGUUUAUUUGCAGGUGCAAUUUGUAAUAAGGCAAUAAUUUUUAUGAAUUAAGCCUUUGGAAUGCAGUCAAAUGAUGAUUAAACACUGGAUUCAAACAGAUUAAGGAAAUGUUCUGUUCUAUUCAAGAGGCAAUAAGGGCCUUAAUUCUUUCACCCCUUGUUAUGUGUCUGUGAAUUCCCAACUUAUGAUGAUGUAUGCUUGUCUAAUAUUAAUCAUUCUUAAAGGUGCCUUGGCAUGGAAUGGAGACAUGCUUUCAUCUGGGAGUAGAGACCGGCUUAUUCUUCAACGAGAUGCUAGAUCAUCAAACCCAGUGGAGAGAAGGCUUAUCGGUCACAGGCAGGAGGUAAACCUUGAAUAUACUCUGAAGUGCUAUUGGAUAUUAAGAGAAUGACUGGAGUUUUCAUAAUAAAUAAAUUUAUUAACCUGCAUCACAGACAUACAAGUAAUUUAACUCUGGUCUGCAAAUCAGUGCCAAUGUUCUUGUUCUGGGCCUCCAACAGAUUCAAUGGAUUACUGGAAAUGCACUUCGAAAUUUCCCUUCAAUCUGAUUGGCAAAUUGACCUGUCAAAUGCAAUUUUUAACAGGCCAAUCAUGGUGUGUACUCAAAUCCUGGGACACAGGUGGCGGCCUAUAACAAAGAGUUUGGCUUUGUUUCAUAAACUCAAGUUUUAGUUUUAUAUAUGGCUCAGACUACACAAAAAUGUGCUCAAAAUAAAUGAGUUGUUUAUCUUAGAUGAGGAUGUUAUAUGACAAAGGUCCGUUGUAUUAUUUUGAUGAUAGGAUAUUAAUUAUUAUUGCAUUCAUCAAAACGCAUCCUAAUGUAGUGUUCCUGUGGCACUAACACAGAAAUUUUCGAGCCAUCAUGGGCAACUGCAGUUUAGCUGCCCCUAUUAAUUUUAUCAGGGGCACCUCAGCCGGGAAACUGGACCCCUUUUGGCUUGAUUUCAUUUCCAUAAUUUUUUCACAAGUGAUGAAUGCAUAGCAGAUCUGUAAUCAGUGAUUACCUCGACUAGUUAAUAAAAUUAAUCUAUCCUUUGAUAGGUGUGUGGAUUGAAGUGGUCCCCAGAUCACCAGCAUCUGGCAUCAGGAGGCAACGAUAACAAGUUACUAGUGUGGAGUCUGUCUAGCGUGUCUCCAGAACAACAGUAUGGUGAACACUCAGCAGCUGUCAAAGCCAUAGCAUGGUCUCCUCAUCAGGUAGUACACUUUCCCUGCACAUUUUAGGAUAAAGGAAACUAGAUAUUUCUGGCCCCAGUUCUUCAAAUGUUUGAUGAGACUUUCCAUAGAUAAAUGGCUAUUUAUUGGAUAACUUUUAAUGGAGAAAUAUCACUAUCCACCUUUUGAAAACCUGGGGUGUGAAUGCUGGUGUAGUUGAUCUCUGUUUUCUCAUCAGACUUAAAAAUUUAAAGUCAACAUUACAUUGAUUUGUAUUGUCUCAGCCUAUCUCAUCCUCACAAGACAGUGAAUGGAACUUAAAACCUUUAAAUGUGAAGGAAAGUUAAUCAUGCAAUGCCAAUUUUUGUGUUUCACUCACAACACGGGAUAAACAUAACCUUGGGUCUUGUGAAAUUAAGUAAAAAUGAGUGCAGAUGCAAAGGCAACAGUGCAAGCAGAACCACAUGCACAAGAAGGCACUGAAAUAAUUUAGACCAUGUUUUUGUUUUUGUUCUUGCAUCUGAGCCAUUUUCACAAUGAAACAAGGAUUUUAUUCUUUCCCUUGCUUGUGUUUGUGUUUGCAUUGUUAGCGAAAUAUCAGGCAUUUAGAGUACUAAUUGGCUGCGUGUGUUUUUUUUUAAGCAUGGUUUACUGUCCUCAGGGGGUGGAACAGCAGAUAGAUGCAUUAGAUUCUGGAACACUUUAACUGGACAGCCACUUCAGUGUGUAGACACUGGGUCACAGGUAUUGUUUCUGAUUUGAUUAGCUUCUCUUAGGGUUACCGUUACAAAAUUCACAAUGCUUGUCAAAUUUCUAUGAAAGUUCUGACAGACAACCAAUAACAUCGCGAUGUAAUUGACCAAUCAGAUCAAUAACCAGAGUAUAAUAAAUUAUCAUCUACUGACGUGAUACAACUCACUUUGACUCUGAAGAUGACUACCACACGGGUUGUCGAAACAUCAGUGACUGUCAACGACAACAGUCCUACUCAGGACUACGUUCGCCCGGACAAUCAAACUCAACCUACUUUUGAAAUGACUCCUGGGUUCAAACCUUUCACAAAGUUCUUUUUGUAAAACAUAGUUAUCCAAAGAAUAUGACAGAGAGAAUUUGCACUUUACCAGGCAAUUUAAAAAUAAUUGAUAUUUCUCAGAACUUCACUAACUUUCAAAAUUAGCAGCUCUGCCUUUAGUUUGAUAAACAUUAAACAGCAACACUUUUGUUUACUUUAGGUGUGCAACCUAGCUUGGUCAAAGCAUUCUAAUGAACUGGUGAGUUUUCUUGUUGUAUUUAUUUACUGGGACAUAUUUUUAGUUUUGUUCCAAGAUGCCAUUAUUGUGGUUUGCAAUUAUUGGAUAAAAUGUCUCAUGUAUGGGUAUUAAAGUGUCACCCACAUUGAUUCCAGGUCAGCACACAUGGUUAUUCACAGAAUCAGAUACUUGUAUGGAAAUAUCCCUCCCUUACUCAAGUAGCAAAGUUAACCGGACAUUCCUAUAGAGUUUUAUACUUGGUAAGUGAAAUCAUCAGGGUUCUUUCAAGAUUCACAAAUACUGCUUUUUUUGUUUGAAAUGAAUCUUGAGGCUGUUGUUAGAGCAUGGUCAUAACAUUUGCUCGCAGAUUGAGAUUUUCCUAAGCUACAAAUAAAUAAUGUAAUGUGCUUUUCCAGUUGUGUGAGGCUACAUGAUUGGAUUGUGUGAAUUUCAGGUCACCUUUGUGAUGAAAACAAAUUGUACAUUUACCCAGGGCUGUUAUUAAGGGCCGGGGGCCGGGGAUUUCCCCCAGCUACUAUGUGUGUGGUCUCUGGCUACUUUCAUAGGAAAAUAGAAAAAACAUAGAACCAACGUUUAUAUUUACCUGCAGGGGCGGAUCUAGGGGGAGGGUGCAGGGAGUGCCCCCCCCCGAGAUGACCUGCGGUUUUCUAAUACAACUGGUAUUCUGCAAAAAAAAAAACGAUGUGGUUUGUUGGUGUUGAAGUAGAGCAAGAGACGAGUGCACCCCCUCCUACGCUUGAAUAAAUUUGGCAUUAAUUUAUAUCUUUAAGACCCUGGUAGAUGUAAUUUACCUGGUACACUGUUGUAGUCAGGGGCAUAGCCAGCUUUUCAACUAGUUGAAGGUCUGGCUCACUUUGAUUUCCACAUAUCCUGAAAAUUGCACACAUGGCAUGAUGACUAGUAUGCAAUGACCUCACCAACACUUUGAGCUCUUGGGCUUUUUAGCUCAACCUAGUAACACAUAAUUUAUUACAAGCAGUAGAGUGAUCAAACCAAAAAUUUGUAGGCCCAGGCCUACAGGUCUAUGGGCUAGCUAUGCCCCCAAUAGUUAAACCCAGCCCACUUCAAUCAGAAAACAAGGCAAUGAGAACUCAAAUGCCCAAUGCUAAUAAAUUAUAAUAAAUAAUUCUUGUUGUGUUCACAGGCCGUCUCUCCUGAUGGUGAAGCCAUAGUUACUGGAGCAGGAGAUGAAACUCUUAGAUUUUGGAAUGUAUUCAACAAAGCACGCUCUCACAAGGUAUUAUUUCCUGCUGUUAAUAUGUUGCUUUGUCUUAAGGGGCUAUGCUAUGGUGAGCGCCAAAAUGUUUUGGUUAAAGCUGAGCUGAGAUUGUAACUAAGUGUUGUUGUGCUCUUAACUCUAAAGGGAAGGGAAAGCUAAGCAUGAUCAGUGUUGGUCGUUAACUUGAAAAAUUUGGCCCCGUUCUUUCAAGUUGUGAUCUGAUUCCAUCCUGGUUAUUAAAUGCCAAAGACCUACAUGCAGUAAAACAUCAUUUUAAAAUAAAACUGAACCAUUCUUUCAGCGAUUCCUUGGUUGCAAUGAGUUCUUAGGGUUUCAAAGAAAUACCAAAGAACCAUGACAUAGUUCCUUUAAUUGAGGUGUAUAAAUCCCGAAAUCAAACCAAGUGGUGUUAUUGGCUACUGUCAGCAGAUGCAGUCAGUCAAAUGAACCAAUCAGAAUGCCAAGUCAGCUGGCUGCAGUUUCGCGCGCUUUGAUACGAAGACAUCUUAGAUGUCAUUGGCCAAUCACAAUAGAUGCAGAAAGUCGAAUGAACCAAUCAGAAUGCCAAGUCAGCUGGCUGCAGUUUCGCGCGCUUUGAUACUAAGACAUCUUAGAUGUCAUUGGCCAAUCACAAUAGAUGCAGAAAGUCGAAUGAACCAAUCAGAAUGCCAAGUCAGCUGGCUAAAUUUUCCCACACUUUGAUUCAAGGACAUCUUCGUAGCCAAAUGCAGGAAAAGUCAGUUAUUUUUGUUAAAAGGACCUCUGAUACAUCGAAAAAGUGAUACAGUAUUUUAUUCAUUCACAAGCGACUUAAAGUAACACAUCUUUCCCUAUUAAUUUCUAUCUCUCCAAACUAAAUAAUUUCCUUUAUUUUCUUCAACAGGAAUCAAAGUCAGAGCUCAAUCUGUUCUCAAGAAUAAGAUAAUGCAACUAAAAACUAAUAUUGUUUACAUCGUAAGGUCAUUAAAAAUUGUUAUUUUAAAUUGCCAGUCAACAAGUAACAUGAAACUGUUGAGAGGAUGCACAUAAACAAGAUUUACAAUAUAUAUUACUCACAUAUACAAUGGAAAAUUUACAUGUUGAUUAUGAAAUUUGUAUCGUCGCAUAUGAUGUAACGAUUCGGUGUAAUAUUAUUAACCCUUUAAGUCCCAAUAGUGACCAACAGCAAUUUUCUCCUAAUGAUAUCCAUACAUUGUCAUGAGAUUAAGUUAUGAGAAUUAAUAAAAUGAUCACCAUAGAGAAAAUGCCUCGAUCUUUUAUCAAAUUCUCUCAACUCCUUCUUUAAGAAAAUAUAUAGAGACCAGUUUGGAGAAUUUGUAUGUGGAUAUUGGGGCUUAAAGGGUUAAAAAGGAAAGAAUUCCCCAACUAGCUAAUUACUUAUUACAGAUAAAUGUUAGAGCACCAUUUUAAGACUACAAAAUAAAAAAGAUACUACAACAUUCUAACUUGUGGAUAAGGUUAUUGAUUUCUGUGUUGGUGGUACAAAAUUUCUGUUAUAAAUCCAGCUGUAGAUUCAAUAACUGAUAAUCAAGAACAAUCGAUAGUAAUAGAUAUCAAUCAUCGGUGAAUGUCGAUUUCUGAUAUAAAUCUAAAGAAAUCGAUAAAGAAAAAAAUUGUGACUUCGAUUAAUCUCAAUUUCCGAUAGAAGUCGAUAAUGAUUGCUUUAUUGAUUGUUAUUAAUUAUUAUCGGGAAAGACGUAAGUCAAUCGGUACAAAUUCAACAUUGGUAUCAUCGAGUCAUUCAGUCAUGAUAUCAUGCAGUUUUUUAAUAAU